AUUGAGAAACAAUCGAGAACCAAGUAUUUAGAUUUUGUCUCUCAGAAACACACAUCGAAGAUCCAGAGAGAGAAGUGGGCGUAGGUGAGUUGCAGUGCGUCUGUCGAUCAAUUCAAUGGAGAAAGGUAAAGGAGUGACGAUUGGUCGUAGAUGGGCUAUUGAUUUCACCGACAGUUCCACUUCUCCUUCCUCCCGCGACAUCCCCGAUCCACCUGGUUUCUCCCGUGUUUCUGUUGAACUGGAUGAUUCAUCGCUCAGUCGCCAAAAAAAGGAUGCCGAGUCUAACUGGAAGCUUCAGAAAGCAUGGGAAGUGGCUCAGGCUCCUUUCAAGAAUUUGAUGAUGAUGGGCUUCAUGAUGUGGAUGGCUGGUAAUACGGUGCAUUUGUUUAGCAUUGGCAUUACAUUUUCAGCACUCUGGCAGCCUAUAAGUGCUCUUCAAGGGGUUGGAAAAGUUUUUGAGCCUUUCAAGGACAAAAAAGUUGAUCUUCUUGGACCAAAAUUAUUGUUUAUUGCCCUCAACUUGGGAGGUUUAGCACUUGGAGUCUGGAAGCUAAAUAGCUUGGGUCUUCUCCCAACACACGCAUCAGACUGGGUUUCAUCCUUGCCCCCUGCUCAGGAGGUUGAAUACUCAGGUGGGGGAAUACCCCUUUGAGGAGCUUCUUUUCUGAAUCAAUAGGAUGCCCUUCUUCGCCUUAAUUUCAUAACUAUUUUUCUUGUUUGUAGCUAUUGGGAAACUUUAAGAAACCAUAAUCUUACAUUAUUUUGAGAAUAAACUCGUGUAAAAAGAAUUGGAACACUAUUUUGGAAGGGUGAUUGAUUAAAUGUUUUCCACACACAUCAACAAUGAUAUUUAGUAUUUAUGCU